AUGAACGCAAAGCUGUGGGUGCAGUCGCCACGUCUGCUCAACCGCAAAAUCAACUUUCUGAGGUAUAACAAGCGGGUGGCGGAGGGGCAGUGGGCUGUGGUGGACGUGUCUGUCGACGGCAUCCUUGGACCGCCAGCAGGUAGCCGCACCACUGAUGCCGCUGCCGUUGCAAACAACACAACAGGCUGCAGGCUGCUGCUGUCCGGCUGCCUCAUUGAGGACAUGGGCAAGGGAAAUGGCUACUGCAAGAUCACAAGGGUUGUCCAUGCGGAGUAUGACGAGACCAUGGUGCCAACAUUGUUCAGGCCACUGCUCCGCUCCGGUAAUGCUUUCGGCGCGCAACGCUGGCUCGCGUCGCUGCAAAGGCAGUACGAGUACCUCGCUGUUCUGCACUCCAGCCAGAUCCCAAGAGGCGACAACGACAACAACACAGCGUUUAUAUUGUAUGAAUCAAUACUUCAACGAGCCAAGAUGGAUGUGUAUGACAAGUCAUGCAGUCCUAUGUUUUUUCACGGACGCGUGAGGUGUUUCAUUUGGGUCCAAGAUCACAAGACUAAUGAGACAAACUUUUGUGUGCUGCACACUCUACUUCUAGCAAAUGGAAACAUCUGUUCUUGCUUGUAGAACUAUAGAAGUGGAGGAACUGCAGCGUCUAUAUACAGUUGCUGGAACUAAUGACAGACCAGCAGAGCUGGAGUGUGACCAUUUAUCCCUAAGGUAAUCUUUUUAAAUAAUAGGCAGAUUUCUGCAUUUCCUCAUUGAUUGCCAUGUAGUAUGCAUCUCCACCUAGUAGUGUACCAUUUUUUAAUGAGUGAAAGCAAAGAGCAUGGUUUGUCAUACAUAUCUAUUCAUACACUGUACAUAGUUCUUCAA